AUGAACGUCGUCGUAACGAAACAUACUUUGCUCCCAGCGGAGCCGGAAUGGCCUCAUGAAGGCGGUUUUCACAUCCUCGAACAUCUCUCUGAGCCAACUCACCGAAACCUCGAGCCUGUGGGCCCCCACUACCUGGCUCACGCCCGGAGAAAACGUCAUCACAGAACUUUCUCCGAGGACGACCGCAUUGUUGCUGCACAGCAAGCCAAGAAUGUCGAGGAUGCCGACCCCGGUGAGAUCAGUGAGCCCGAAGAUGCAAUGCUUCUCUCUCGGGACCCCAAAGACUGGAAGAACCAAGAUCAUUAUGCAGUCCUCGGAAUCAGCAAAUAUCGUUGGAAGGCAACCGAUGAACAAAUCAAACGGGCGCACAGGAAAAAGGUUUUGAAGCAUCACCCGGACAAGAAGGCAGCUGCCGGUGGUGUCGAUGAUGAUAACUUUUUCAAAUGCAUUCAAAAAGCUAUGGAAAUCCUCACCGACCCCGUCAAACGUCGACAGUACGACUCAGUUGACGAGUCGGCCGACGUUGAUCCUCCUUCCCGCAAAGCCAAGGGAAAUAUCUACAAGCUUUGGAACCCGGUUUUCGAUAGUGAAGGCCGUUUCUCUAAAAAGAAGCCUGUGCCGCGUUUUGGUGACGAUAAAUCCACCAAAGCCAAUGUUGAAGAAUUCUAUAACUUUUGGUACAACUUCGAUUCCUGGAGAACCUUCGAGUACCUUGACGAGGAUGUUCCAGAUGACAAUGAAAACAGAGAUCAAAAAAGACAUGUUGAAAGGAAAAACAAAGCUGCUAGGGCAAAAAGAAAGACCGAAGAUACGGCAAGGCUCAGAAAGAUUGUCGACGAUGCCCUAGCUAUGGACGUCAGACUGCAAAAAUUCCGUAAGGAAGAAAGAUUGCAGAAAGAUGCUAAGAAAAUUGCGAGGGAGGCAGAGGAAAAGCGUUUGGUAGAAGAGGCCAAGAAGAAGGCAGAGGAAGACGCCCGAAGGAAGGAAGAAGAGGAGGCUGCUAUGAAGGCAUCAAAGGCCGAUGCGAAAAAGGCGAAGGAGGCCGCUAAAAAUGCGGCAAAGAAGAACAAAAGAGUUCUUCGUAAGGGUGCAGAGGACGCUAACUACUUUCACUCCGAUGGUGCCGCUCCACCAGACGUAGUCGCAAAUGUAUUGGCUGAUGUAGAACUCCUUAUUACUAAGCUUGACAACGAAGAGCUUGAUGUUGUGGCUAAGAAGCUCGCCGGCCUCAAGGUUUCUGAUGAGAUUAAGUCAGUUUUGGUGGACGGCAUUCGUGGCAGCGUUGGCAAAGGGUCAGCAGCUGAAGGUGAUUUUAAAGUCCUGUUGAAGUAG